AUGGAGGGGACUGACAACCAGGGUGCAGGAGAACAAGGCAGACCAGUGAGACAGAAGCUGUAUCGGGGUAUAGACCACAAUUCCGCAGGAGCCCUCCUCGCCAAAGACGGCCCAGAGAAGGUGGUCAUGGAGGUCAGGAAAACCAAGGAGAUGAGACCUAAUGUAAGCAGUCACCUCAACAUGAGCACCUUUAAUGACCAACACAGACGCCAAGAAAAUCCCAAAGAACAAGAUGGCAAAGGGACAAAAGCAGCUGCUCCCCCAGCUGAGAGUCCUUCCCCUCCCGAGGCUGAGCGGGCAGGCCGGGGAAAUGCAGGCUCUCCAUCGCCACCACCAGCUGGGGAGAUGCAGGUUCACCAUCACCACCACCAGCUGGGGAGAUGCAGGCUCUCCAUCGCCACCACCAGCUGGGGAGAUGCAGGCUCACCAUCGCCACCACCAGCUGGGGAGAUGCAGGCUCUCCAUCGCCACCACCAGCUGGGGAGAUGCAGGCUCACCAUCGCCACCACCAGCCGGGGAGAUGCAGGCUCUCCAUCGCCACCACCAGCCGGGGAGAUGCAGGCUCUCCAUCUUCACCACCAGCCAGGCAGAUGCAGGCUCUCCAUCGCCACCACCAGCGGGUCUGGUCAGCCGACAGGAAGGAAUGAGUAUGAAAUUCCAGGAACAAGAGAAGAACAAAAGAUCAGAGCUGAAGACCUGAAGUGCUUGCUUUUUGCCCAUUGA